GGGCUGUCCUUAUUUGACUAGGGAGGAAAAUGGUGGAAAGGAGAGUCAGACGGCUCGAGUAAACAGAGGGAUACCAACAGUUUCAUCUCUGCCUCCAGACUCACUUUGUGUGAACCCUAACGUGGCAGAAGACAGCAGCGGCGAUGGCUGAUGCAGAAAAGAUCAAGAAAACUGCAGCCAAGGUGCUGUGCUGCGUGGAGAAGGUGUCCUCCUUCGCCUCCUCCAUCGACCCCAUCUUUGGCAUAGUCUCCUCCCUGGUCGGGGUGGCUCGCAAGGGCCUGGUUGACGAGGAGGGCCACGCUCUAGACAAGGACUUCCAGGCGAUCAACACCAAACUGGAGAGCAUCUCAGAAAAGAACCAGCAAUGCCUGAGGAAGAUCCGCAUCGACGAGGUGAACGAAACAUACGGCAAGUAUGAGGAGUACAUCAAGCACCAGUACACUGCCUUCAACAACAUGGUGGCACAGGUGAAGAAAGAUCCGGACAACACUCAGCGCCACAUGGAGGCCUUCGAGAAGAUUUAUGAGAGGGACAAGAGCGACCUGAGCCUGGAUGUGUACUACAACGGUGUCAUGGGUACCAAAUCGCUGUUUGGAAGAUCCCUGCUGAAGGUGUACCUGGACAGCUGCGACGGCGACCGCGAGAUCAUGGAGCGCCGCUGUUCACACAUCGCCCACCUGUUCCACAUGGGCCUCAUCGCCCUCAUGGCCUACACAGCUGUUACAGAGGACGACGAAGACGAGGUGCGGGAAAAGUGGGCAAAGAGGGUGGAGGACAUCCAGAAGAAGAUGCAGGAGGUGCUCAGUCAGUGCAAAGACAGCUCAUCCUGAACAUGGUCCAGCAGAGAAAGGAUGUCCUCUGGGGGGUUCGGUGGCAACGACACUGGGAACAAUCUGUACUCUGGACCAAUGGAAAAAUACAAAUUAUGUUAUAAUAUAUAUAUA